AGUAUAGAAUUGCUAGGGUUUUGUGAGUCACUCCGUGUCUCCGUGAUCUCUGAGGUGAGCAUCUCGAGCCUGGGUUUGAAGGCCGCUCAGUUCUGAGAAGAUGGGUCGUAUGCACAGCCGUGGUAAGGGUAUCUCAGCUUCGGCGCUGCCCUACAAGAGAACCCCGCAUAGCUGGCUCAAGAUCUCUGCGCAAGAUGUUGAAGAUAAUAUCUGCAAAUUCGCCAAGAAGGGUUUGACUCCGUCCCAGAUUGGUGUCAUUCUCCGAGACUCCCACGGUAUUGCGCAGGUCAAGAGCGUCACCGGCAACAAAAUCUUGCGCAUUCUCAAAGCCCACGGACUUGCGCCCGAAAUUCCCGAGGAUCUUUAUCAUUUGAUCAAGAAGGCAGUUUCAAUCCGCAAGCAUCUUGAGAGAAACAGGAAGGACAAGGACUCCAAGUUCAGGUUAAUUCUGGUCGAAAGCCGAAUUCACCGGCUUGCUCGCUAUUACAAGAAAACUAAGAAGCUUCCACCAGUAUGGAAAUAUGAAUCAACAACUGCCAGCACCCUGGUUGCUUAGGGGAUGCUUCAGUUUCAGUCUUCCAAGCUUUUGAGGAUUCGUCUUGUGGGGGCUGAGGGGUAUGUGAUGAGGAUUCAGGCAUUAAGCUAGUUUUUACUUGUAGUUUUUAAUCUUUGCAUUGGCAUAUUCUGAACAACUCCUGUUAAGCUAUGAUUUACUGCAUUUUACUGCUUAUGCGUUAUAUAUAUCGAUCAUAGUUUUUUACUAGAGUCGACAACAUUCAGUUUCAUUUUUAGUGAGGAUGGGAUGGGAACAAACCAGAUUAAUGUCGUUCAUGAUGACAAAGCUCCAGAUCAAAUGGGUAACGA